AUGGCCACCACAGCCUCGGUAUACAACACUUCUCGCACAACCCGCCAAAUUCUUCGGCGACAUCGCAAAGACAAACCUUCGCUCAUCCUUCACCUGCACAACCACCAUUUUCGCUUUGAGCGUCAAAAUGGCAUGUUCCUGUUCGAUUCACCCGUCAAAGCAUUCCUAGGCUACAUACGAGAUCAGAAGGUGCCAGCGGACUUGAUCGACGUGUUGACAGAGUCGGGCGUUCGGUUUUUCGAAGGUUGCUUGUUGGUGGAUGUCCACGAUCAUCGUAGCCAUGCGGCUGCGAGUGAGUCAAUAUUGGGCCCCAGAGAGUUGCAUGGCAUGAGCGCGGCGGGACAGGCAAGAGCUACAGGUGCACAGGCGAUAGACAGUCAAAGUGGACUUGCUUCGAGUCUAUUUUACCUGCAAGAAGGGGGCAGAUAUGGCGCUCGGAAAAUGGUCGGAGGAGCAGCGUCAUUCGAUCCGAGAACCGGCGGUCUGGGGGGUGUCGAAAUUUACCGUAUUGUGCUACAUCCGACGUCAGAGACGUUGUGGGCCGAUAUCAAGAUGCUCGAUGAUAUGGCUGGCGGUAUGUGGAGCGAUCAGGAAGCGCUCGAGGUGGAAGCCAAGAUCCUUGCGCUUACUGCUCCACCGCUUUGCCUCACGCCGGAUCCACAAGCGACACGAAUAGCGAAUCUGAUGCUCAGCUCUACUGCGCUUCCAUCCGCAUACAACCCUUCGCACGACUCGCCGUACAGAUCGGCCAAGAAACGCGGCGCCAACUCGAUCGAGAUGGAAAAGGAAGAAGCCAAUCGACAGCGUCGCGAAAAGAUCAUGCGGCUCAUGCAGCAUGGACACAAGAGUGUACUGCCGCCUCAGGUCGGCAUGGCAAAUUCUCUCGCCCGACCAGGCCCAGCAAUGGUCGAGACCGGUGGAUCGACAUCUGCAGCGGCGGCGACGGCGUUCGUGCCGACAUUCGACAGGAUGACAUUCAUUGAAAGAUGGAGGAUCGGAAGGAACGCUGCACUCAACGGUGGUAUGCCGGCCGUUCCGCCCGCUGGUGCAGCGACGAAUGCGACAAACAGCGCAGCAUCAGGUUCCAAUGCUAAAGGCGGAAAGGACGCUGCAAAGCCAAACGACAAGGACGAUGUGACCGACACAGCCAACAACUCUACCGCCAAGAAGCCGACGUACAAGAAGAAGAAGAAGGCGCAGAGGGAGAAGGAAGAAGCUGAAGCAGCAGCUGCUGCGGAAGCCGAAGCGGCUAAGAAGAAAGCCGAAGAAGAGGCUGCUGCUGCUGCCGCUGCGGUUGCUGCUAAGAAGCCCAAGAAGAAGCUCACCAAGAAGGAACGAGAAGAAAAGGAGCGCAAGGAGAAGGAGGAGAAGGAGAAAGCGGAGAAAGAAGAAAAACAACGAAAGGAGAAAGAGGCGGCUGCGGCAAAUGGAAAACCAUCAAAACCGAAAAGCAAGAAGAAGCAGAAGGAGGAAGCUGCAAGCAAGAGUCUCGCUAAGAACGCACCUGGCAGUCCAGACAAGGACAAGAAAGCAACGCCGAAAAAGACGGCUGCCAAGAAGCCCGCGGCGGCGACUGCAGCUGCCAGCACAGCCAAGAAAAAGACGACUGCCAAGAGCGAGAAGAAGAGCAACAAUGUCACUGCUGCGAAUGCUACGGCAGCAACAGGCAGCGCUAAUGGAGUCACCGAGACGCCGACGAUGCCGCACGCGGUGGUGCAAGGUACGCCUAUUCUCGGCAGCGCCACGCCAUCCGUGCAAUCCACUCCCACGCCUGCGCAUCGUUCGAUCCCCUCGCAACCGCAGCAACAACAGCAAAUGCAGCAGCAACAGAUGCAGCAGCAACUCACACAGCAGCAACUCCAACAAGCCGCGCUCGCCGGCAUGUUCCCAAACAUGGCGAACCAGCUUCCGUUCGGAGCAGGUGUCUCUCAACCGGGUGUUGCCGGUAUCGGUGCUGGCGGUUUCGGCAUGCCCAUGAUGAACGGUGGCUUCCCACCGACGAGCAAUCCACAGAUUACAGCAGCCGCGCUGGCAGCGAUGCAAGGCAUGGGAAUCGGUCAGUUUGGUGCAGCUGGAGCAGGAAACUUUGGAAACGCGGCGCAGAUGCAACAGAUGAUGCAGAUGAUGAACGCCGGUGGCAUGGUCGGUUUCAACGGUAUGCCGUUUGCUCAGCAGAUGCAGCAGAGUGCACAGGGACAGCAAGCGCAGGGACAGCAGCAACAGCAAGCAGCGCCAGGGCAGGGUGCAGACAUGCCCGUAGGUGUGGGCCUAGCAGGUCUGGCCAAUUGGGGUACUGGAAAGUAG